AUGGACUCCUAUCCGCUUGUUCUAGACAUCGAUGACUUUAAGGGUGACUUCUCUUUCGAUGCACUGUUUGGGAGUUUAGUUAAUAAGCUGCUUCCUUCUUAUUUGGAAGAAGAAGCAGACACUUCCGACGGACAUGGUGCAAAUGACGCGAUGGCAAAUGGUCAUUUGCGAACUGGCUCUGAUGCUGGAAAAUGGGCUCAAGGGUUAUCAUCAUCAAGUCCAUUGUUUCCUGAAGUAGAUGCGUUGUUAUCUUUGUUUAAGAAUUCGUGUAUGCAGCUGAUUGAUCUUAGGAAGCAGAUUGAUGGGAAGCUCAACAAUCUCAAAAAGGAAGUUGCUUCCCAAGAUUCUAAGCACCGGAAAACACUUUCUGAGUUGGAAAAAGGUGUUGAUGGCUUGUUUGACAGUUUCGCAAGGUUGGAUUCACGUAUAUCAAGUGUUGGCCAAACUGCUGCUAAGAUAGGAGACCAUCUGCAGUACUUGAUGGAGUUCAAUAGCAGUCCGGGUGACUUGAUGGAACUUUCGCCUUUAUUCUCUGAUGAUAGUCGGGUAGCCGAAGCAGCUUCAAUUGCACAAAAAUUGAGAACAUUUGCCGAAGAAGAUAUUGGUAGACAAGGCCUUGCAGUCUCUAUUGGGAAUGCAACCGCAAGCAGAGGUUUGGAAGUGGCAGUUGCUAAUCUCCAAGAAUAUUGCAAUGAACUAGAAAACAGACUGUUGGCCAGAUUUGAUGCAGCAUCACAGAAACGGGAAUUGUCUACAAUGGCAGAAUGCGCCAAAAUUUUGUCACAGUUCAACAGGGGUACCAGUGCUAUGCAACAUUAUGUAGGUUUACGUCCAAUGUUUGAUUUGGAGGUCAUGAAUGAAGAUGCUAAAUUGGUUCUUGGUGACCCCGGUUCUCAGAUUAGCCCUAGCAAUGUUGCUCGUGGGCUUUCCUCAUUAUACAAAGAAAUUACAGAUACUGUACGAAAAGAAGCAGCAACAAUAACAGCAGUAUUUCCUUCACCAAAUGAUGUCAUGUCAAUAUUGGUUCAGCGGGUUCUGGAAGACCGUGUUCCUAAACUUCUUGAGAAGUUAUUGGUAAAACCGACUCUGCUUAAUCCACCCCCCAUGGAAGAAGGUGGACUUAUAUUAUAUCUUAGAAUGUUGGCAGUGGCAUAUGAGAAGACACAGGAUCUUGCUAAAGAUCUUCGCAGUGUGGGGUGCGGCGACUUGGAUGUUGAAGGUUUAACAGAGUCUUUGUUUCUUCCACACAAAGAUAUAUAUAUAGAAUAUGAGCAAGCUUCUCUCAGGCAACUGUAUAAGUCAAAGAUGGAUGAACUGCGGGCUGAAAGUCAGCAGUCGUCUGACUCUACUGGAAGCAUAGGACGUGCAAAAGGAGCUUCCAUGACAUCAUCCCAGCAGCAGAUAUCCGUGACUGUUGUGACUGAGUUUGUACGCUGGAAUGAAGAAGCUAUAUCUAGGUCCACUUUGUUUUCAUCACAGCCUGCCACACUUGCUGCCAACGUGCGGGCUGUUUUCACUUGCCUCUUGGACCAGGUCAGUCUAUAUAUUACAGAAGGACUUGAAAGAGCUCGCGAUAGCUUGACCGAAGCUGCUGCAUUGAGGGAACGGUUUGUCUUGGGAACCAGUAUGAGUCGAAGAGUUGCUGCUGCUGCUGCUUCAGCUGCAGAAGCUGCUGCAGCAGCUGGUGAAAGCAGUUUCAGAUCCUUCAUGGUUGCUGUACAGCGUUGUGGGAGUAGUGUGGCUAUCGUCCAGCAAUACUUUGGAAACUCUAUUUCCCGACUUCUACUACCUGUGGAUGGUGCGCAUGCUGCUUCCUGUGAAGAAAUGGCCACAGCAAUGUCCAGUGCAGAAGGUGCUGCUUACAAGGGGCUCCAGCAGUGCAUUGAAACGGUGAUGGCCGAGGUUGAGCGUUUACUAUCAGCUGAACAAAAAGCAACAGAUUAUCGGUCCCCUGAUGACGGCAUGGCUCCUGAUCACCGACCAACGAAUGCCUGCACAAGGGUUGUUGCUUAUCUAUCACGGGUGCUCGAGUCAGCAUUCACAGCUCUUGAAGGCCUUAACAAACAAGCAUUCCUGACUGAACUGGGAAACCGCUUGCACAAGGGGCUGUUGAACCAUUGGCAGAAGUUCACCUUCAAUCCAAGUCCCGAGCUUCAUCCUACAUUACUGAGUCUGGGGCAACAAUGUUAA